CAAAGUGAUUUAUAGCCAUUUCCAAAAUGGCCGCUGAAAGAAAUGUGGAGUUGGGGUAUGUCGAAGAAACAGAGAAAUUCCUUCUGAAAAGUAGAUUCUUCCCGAGCAAAGUAGGUGGUGUACCUGCGUGGCUGUCACUGAAUCCACUUCCGAGCGCUGAGGAGCUGACAUGUCGUGUUUGUUCGAAACCAACCGUGUUUCUUCUACAGGUUUACGCACCAGAUUCGUCAAAAACUUUCGCUUUCCAUCGGACAGUUUUCAUAUUUAUUUGCCGCAAUGAUAACUGUUGUAAAGCGAAUUGCGCAGACAAUUUGAUUGUGCUGAGGUCUCAGCUACCAAAAGUAAACGAUUUUUUUAGAAGCCAGCCUCCUGCAGAGGUUCCCAUUGAAAAUGAGAUAGAUGCCUCUAAAUAUGCCAAGCUGUGCAGGGUGUGUGGGGGUGUUGGACCUAAAACUUGUGGGAAGUGUGGGUGUGUGUCAUACUGCAGUAAAGAGCAUCAGGCCGUUGACUGGAAAGCUUACCACAAAAGGGAGUGUUCAACAAACAAGACAGAUUUAAAAGCGGAAAAAUCGUAUGCAGUCUUAUUCCCAGAAUUUGAAAUUGUCACUGAAACUGAAAUUUACACACCAAAGAAGGACGCUGGUCAGACAAGUGAAGAAGAGAAAAUGAGGCAAUACAAAGAGUUCUUGGAGUCAAAUAAGGGCAGUGAUUUGUCUACAAGUUUUCCAGAGAAAGAGCUCCAAAGUAUGGCUAGUCAGGAGACAGUUGAUGACAAACAAAUUCGGAAGUUUAAAGAGAGGAUUUCUGCUGAACCAGAUCAAAUAUUGCGCUAUGACAAAGGUGGUGAACCACUAUGGAUCAGCCAAUCAACGUGUCCAGUUUCAAUCCCUGACUGUUCCUGUGGUGCGCCUAGGCAGUUUGAGUUCCAGGUGCUACCCCACUUGUUGUCUCAUCUCCAAGUUGAUAAGCUGGGUACCAGCCUGGAUUGGGGCACACUCUGUGUAUAUACCUGCUCCAACAGCUGUGAUGUGGGGAACCAGUAUGUGAAGGAAUACAUCUUCAAGCAGGACGUUGUGUGAACAGGAGGGUAGGGUUGCAUGCUGUAAACAGAAGAGCCCUUUUGCGUACUGUAAUAAUGUAUCGUUGUGUUAUUGUUUAAUUCAGGACGUUGUGUGAAUGGAAGGGUAGGGUUGCUUGUUUAUAAAAAUAGGGCCCAUUUUCAUGCUGUAAUAGUGUUACUUUCUGUAAUCUUGUGGUAUUGUUUGAUGCAUUACAUUUUGUAUGGUUUUGGAAUGUGUAUGUUUUCAAUUGACGAAAUAUGUAAUGUAAUUUUUUUUAUAUCUUCAAUAGCCAAAAGAAACUAGUUAUAUUUUUCGUAUUUAUAACAUAUGAAAAGGGACAAAAACAGGUUGGGGUUGCACUGCAUGUAAAACCCAAACAAAAGCUAUAGAAGUGAUUCUUCUACUGUUAGAUGGAACAAGACGAACAUUUGUACAAUUAUCAGAUAGUAUCUUUUUGAUACUGUGGAAUGUUGUUUUGGGUGAAAAUGAAAUAGUUGUUGUUAAAUUAUGAAUACUGGUGAAUGGGAAUAGUGAAAUAUUUUAUGCUCGUACUUGUAUGUGUGCAUUUUUUCCAAACAUGUCACUCCAUUAUUAGUGCAGGUGUGAGAAUGUAAAAAUUUUUUUUUUAAAGAGGAAAAGUUUUACCUAGGGGCCAGGUGGCUUGAAGGCCCCCGAUCUGGUUCAGGGCGAUGCCCUGACCAGAGGGCCGGAGGCACCCGGAAGCUCCAGGAAAAUAGCAUUUUAGAUGGCCAAGGAAUGCACUAUCCUGACUUUAUAUUUUUUUUAAAGUUCAGAAAUGAAUAUUUACAUUUAACUUGAGUCACUUUCACAACAGUGUAUUUUCAUGAGCAGUUAGAGAGUUCAAUCAUAAUGAAUACCAAAAAUAGUUAACAUAAAUUGCUGGUAAACAAUGAAAAAAAAACUUUGUGUAAAUUAAACUUUUAAUUUCA